AUGGACUUCGACCCGGAAGAAGUAUUGCGACUGAUGCUCCCCGACCGGGCCGACCUGGUCCAGUCUUGGGCCGCGAAUCCGGAUGUAGCGGAGUUUCUCUGCGAACUCGGCGCUUGCGGUUACGCCGACGCCGAGAAAACUGUGCGUCGGAUCGAGCUCGAAGCCGCCAGCAACCUGGAGCGGACCCGGGACUUGGCCUUCCAUAACUAUGGGACGUUCAUUGAAACCGCUGAUUGUGCCCGGGACGUGGCCAAGGACUUCGUUGGCGUCGAGGAGAACUUGCAGAGAUUUGUGGAUGGUUGUCCGGGAUUCGUGGCCCAGUGUGGCGAUUUUCGUGAGAAGGCGCAGAAGCUGAUGGCCCAUCGGAGGCUGGCGAGUCUCGCGCUGGCCAGACAUACGCAGCUGCUGGAGAUUCUGGAGCUGCCGCAGUUGAUGGACACGUGUGUUCGCAACGGAUAUUGCGAGGAAGCCCUCCAACUUGCCCAGUACGUGGAGCGAUUGCAAAAGAAGCACGGGAAGAUCCCUGUGAUACAAGACAUCGUCCAUUGCGUGCAACGAAGUCAAAGACUGCUGGUGAAGCAGUUACUGGCGCAAAUCGGGUCUCCUACUCAGUUGCCUCAAUGUUUGAAGCUUUUGGGCUAUUUGAGGCGAUUGGAAGUGUUCACUCCUGCUCAGCUGCGUGUCAAGUUUCUUCAGGCAAGAACAGCGUGGCUCAAGUCUGCAAUUGAAGGCGUAUUGAGAGACGAUCCGUAUUAUUACCUGAACAAGGUGAUAGAACUGCAUCGAGUCCAUUUGUUUGACAUCAUCACUCAGUAUCGAGCCUUGUUUUCCGGACCUGCUGGGAGUGCUAAAGACGACAGCGUUGAUUUGCCGGCUAUUUUCUAUUCCUGGGUAUUCUUCGUGAUCAAGCAAUUCUUGGAAACUGUGGACGCGGGAUUGACCAAUGAUCCGAAAGUUGUCGCCAGAAUGGACUCGUUAUUCGGACAGUGUAACUAUUUCGCAACGAGCUUGAGUCGAGUCGGGGUCGAUUUCUCCCCGAGAGUCCAUCAACUGUUCAGCAAGGCCGCUAUGCGAAACCUGACAGAAGCUAUCGACUCGUCUCUCGAACAAUUCAAAUCCCGCCUCGCCACCAUCACCUCAGCAAGCAUAGAUUCUGUGCGAUUCACAGAACCCGCGUCUCGCUCCGAAGACCUGCACCCGCCAUUAUCCUUGCUCGACUUCCAAGCCCUGGCCUACUUGGCCAACGAUCUUCUCCGAGCGUUGAACGAUUUCUCUGCUUGCGCUCAACUGCGACAAGGGCUCGAGACCGUGAAGCUUUUCGAGACGAAGCUCAGGGUGGCUGGGGAAAUGUUGGCGGCGGUGUUGAGGCGCGAAGGCGGCGCCACGAGUGGAGUGGCCAAGUUGUUUACGCGAGCUUUUGUGCCGCACAUGGCCCUGUGCUUGCGAUCUCUGUGUGGGCCAGAUAGGGUCAAGGACGUCCUGGGCAGUUCUUGUUGGGGCACGUUGCACUUGGAACUAGAUGUUGGUUCGGUGAACGUGGCCCUGGUGGAAUUUGAGGAGACAACGAAA